AUGGGUAAUGGAGCCAAAGCCUCGAUGAAGCGCGACCGCAACCAAAAGGACGCGAAGGUUGCCAAGUCGCAAACGAAAUCCACGACCAAGGCACCAGCGUGCGUGACAUCUACUCUGCGUGACUUGAUCUUGGAUUGGGCUCUGCGUGCUAAUAUUUUGGCUAUGUAUAGUCUCCUCGAACACGCCUCCAACAAGCACAAGAAGGGGAGUGCCGAGUGCUUUCCUGGUGUGAGCGCAUGA